UGUUGGACGCUAUACGGGACAAGAACUGCUAUGGGAUUCGCAUGAUAACGCGCUAAUCACGUUCUGGUGGAAAUAUCUGCGUCUGCGGCUCGAUUGAUGGACUCAAGCACCUAUUUCCAACUAGCAUUCAAUUUCUGGGUCGUUCUUGUCUUAUUAGUUCUGAACAUGAUUAUAUACUUAUUGUAGCAUAAGUUGUUUUAGGAUUAAUCUUCGAUGGCUGUAACAGAUUGCUAUUUGUAGAAACAACUUGUUUAUGUUCCUGGUCUCAAGGCAUUGACUACAAAUUGUAUGAUUCCUUCCAGCAUCCGAUGCCUGUCAACGACAUUUAAAAUUAUUAUUCAAUUGACGUAGCCUUCAAAUUUUGCAACAGGAAUUUGCUCCAGAAAAUAUUUUUUUAAAUCGUUUAUACUAGUUUUAUAAUAUUAGAAAUACUGUGAAUCCACACGCCGUUUGUAACGUCCAUCCCUUACUAAUCGAACGCGCUCAACAACGUACCCCGUCUGCUGCUGUGCCAACGUUUCCUGACCCCUCACGAAUGGAAAACUUGUUGCUGCUCUUAAACUUUUAUUACUCUUUUUUUGCUAAACACUCUAUACAUUUUUUCUAUUGUUACCCUUCAAUGACAAUCCACGCAUCCCUUUUCGUAAAAUUGGAUUUAAUCAGAUUCUUUGUUGUAAAAAAACAUUUUGCUUCUCUGCCUUAUAAUUAUGGCAUUGGUAUUUUACGAAAAACGUUGUGGGUUGUGAUUGGAAGCGGUAGGAUAUAUAUAUUUGUUUAAAAAACCAUAUCAACAAAUAGCUACUUAGGCUUAAGAAAAUGUUUCAGUUGCAUGUGGCGCCCGUUUUCCCUCGGCCCGGCGACGAAGAUGCAGUACAGCAAAUGUGAAGCAAAAAUGAAAAGGAAGGAUAAGCAGAGCGGCGUGCAUCCUGUUUGACAGAUUUUCUCUGAAUAUAUUUUAUUGAUAUGUACUUUCUUUUAUUUAGUUUAUAUUAUAUUUGUCCUCUCUUUUUAUACUAUAUUUACUUAUAAUAGGAGGCUAAAACAAAAAGGUCACACUUUUUCGAAUAAGCUUGUUAUGAAGUUGUUUUUCUUAUUUGAAUGUUAAAAUAUCAGGUGUGACCAAUUGUUUUAGGCUUCUUAAACUCCUUGGAAAAUGAAUCGAUUGUUUCGAGUUGUUUGACAUUGCCGUUUCCAGCUAUUCACAAUCUAUUUAUUUUCUUUAGUGAUUUGUUUUGUAUUCAAUUGAUCUAUAUGAUACAUGAUGAUUUCAUUAUCUUUGUAUACUAAAUGAAUGUUUACUUGUAGAUGUUAAUAGUAAAAUUAAGAUGUUUCAGCCUUUCAGUAAAUUUCAGCGAUUCCUGCAAUUUCAGCAUUUGAUUGACUAUAUUUAACAUAACUUAAAAGAUCAUUUUUCUCAGGUCCAGAAGCGGCGAUAAACAUGCAAUGCAUAAAUUUCAAAAUGGCGGGCAAAAUGGUCUAGAUAGUAAUCAUUUUAAUCUAUCAUACGGCGAUCAGGUUUUGGUCAUUGUGUAGUACCGAUCGAAAUGCAAAACGAGGGAAAGCUGGAGGCGAAUGAACAGAAAUUAGGUUUGACAAAUGACAAAUGGAUGAAAUAUCUACUUAUGAUAAAAAGAGAGAGAGAGAGAAUUGUGAGGAUUAAUUCCAUAACAUUCCGAGUAGUUCAGUUUAUCCCUUCGAAAUAUAUCUUAGGAUAGAUGGCAGUCGCUUGUUUCGAACAGUUAUGUACAAACCAUACCAAAUGUUGAAUGCAUGGCGGUAAUCAAUACAUCUCUUUGUUAUGAAAAAAAUAAGUUCAUUCAGACCUCGAUCUUCUGUUUCGCGAGUGUCUUUAUUUGUUUCGAGAUAAACGAGAUCAUUCAACUACUUUUCCGCAAUGAAUUGACUAGUGUAAGUUAGUCUAGCUCUACUGUGGUUUGAUAAUAACAAGAUCACAUUGCAACAUUUCCAUAACAAGGGCACUAACAAAGUAUUAGCGCUUUUAUAUUGUAAGACCUAAUAUAAGUAUCUUACAAUGGUUUGUUUCUACAAAUAGUUGAGGUAUAAAAUGAAAUACCACUGGAUACCCGAAACGAAAUGUCUAAUAACAAUUUCAAAGUUGUCAAAAUUUUAAUUGUAUUCAUUUUAAUGUAUUUUAAAAUCGAUUUAGAUUAUUUUUUUUCCAAUUCUCAAUAUUUUAUUAGAAUCUCCCAGCUUUUUUCAUAAAACUUUGAUUAACAUCGUUCAUUUGUAUUUAUUAUAUGUUCAUUUUUUAUACAAAGAAGAAAUCAUCAUGCAUUUUUUUAAUAGUAAAUUCAAUUUUCAGAGAAAAUCUGUCAAACAUUGUUUUAUGAACUGUUUUGUUACUGCAGUACUGUUGUUGUUUCGAUUAUCUCUGCAUAUUCAUUCUUUUCAUUGCCUCACCACCUAUUAUAAUAUGAACUGCAAAAUGUUUUAAAUCUUCGCUCGCCAUGCUGAUGAAACUAGCUGCACAACAACUCCUCUCCUCCAUCGUUAGCUAUCCAAAACCGCCGUCCGUCCCUGUUAUUACAAUGCCCUCGGAUACAUUUUAGCCGUGCUUGCAACCGAGUGGAAACAAAACGAGGAAAUGUAUGGAAAACGCAUACAACGAAACAAACAUAUUUUCUUAAGCAUAUUGUAGCUGUUGAAACGGUUUUUUUAAACUAUAUAUCCAGCCGGUAUAACAACCGCGCGCAACCUCGGCACACAAGAUUUCCAUUUACUUUUCUUUACAUAAUUCGCUACCCUGAGCGCAUCGUGUACCUUUAGUGAGAAGGGAACUUGUCGUGUGCCACAUGCAUACGUGCUCUUCUCCUAGCGUUGCAUUUGCAGGUAGCAACGAUGGCACAGCAACGGAGACGACGUCGUCACAUUGUAUAUUAAAAUUUGAACCUCGCCCAAAUCCCUUCAGGUGCAUUUCAUUAUGAUUGGUGGUCUUCUGGUGGGGCUGUAGAUUCGUAGCUCGUGUUUCGAGGGGUAACCUUUUGACAGCGCCACGACGACAAACGAACGCGAAGGGAAACGAUACGUGCGUGCGUGUGGAUUUGCACUGGAAGGAAUCUGAAUCCGUUACACGCUUCGAUGAAGAAAAGUAACUCUACACAGGCGCCGGAUCGCAUUGCAUGCUAUCUAAAAGCCAUCGAAACUCGACCAGACUUUGCGGUGGCCUGGAGCAAUCUUGGCUGCGUCUUCAAUGCGCAGGGUGAGAUAUGGCUGGCGAUACAUCAUUUCGAGAAGGCGGUUGCACUCGACCCGAACUUCCUCGAUGCGUACAUCAAUCUUGGCAACGUGCUGAAGGAAGCCCGCAUCUUCGACAGAGCCGUCGCUGCGUAUCUGCGAGCGCUCAAUCUGUCCCCCAACAAUGCCGUUGUGCACGGCAAUCUCGCUUGCGUGUACUACGAGCAGGGACUCAUCGAUCUGGCGAUCGAUACGUACCGCCGUGCGAUCGACCUGCAGCACAACUUCCCCGACGCGUACUGCAACCUCGCGAACGCGCUCAAGGAAAAGGGCCAGGUGAAGGAAGCGGAGGAAAGCUACAACAUUGCGCUGCGCCUCUGCCCGAACCAUGCCGAUUCGCUCAACAAUCUGGCCAACAUCAAGCGCGAGCAGGGCUACAUCGAGGAGGCGACGCGCCUGUAUCUCAAGGCGCUGGAGGUGUUUCCCGAGUUCGCGGCCGCGCACUCGAACCUGGCCUCGGUGCUGCAGCAGCAGGGGAAGCUGAACGAGGCGCUGCUCCACUACAAGGAAGCGAUCCGCAUCCAGCCCACGUUCGCCGACGCGUACUCCAACAUGGGCAACACGCUGAAGGAGAUGCAGGAUGUGGCCGGUGCGCUGCAGUGCUACACCCGCGCCAUCCAGAUCAAUCCGGCGUUUGCGGACGCGCACAGCAAUCUGGCAAGCAUUCACAAGGACUCGGGCAACAUCCCGGAGGCGAUCCAGUCGUACCGGACGGCGCUGAAGCUGAAGCCGGACUUCCCGGACGCGUACUGCAACCUGGCGCACUGUUUGCAGAUCGUGUGCGACUGGACCGACUACGAGGCGCGCAUGAAGAAGCUGGUGGCGAUCGUGGCCGAUCAGCUCGACAAGAACCGGCUACCGUCGGUCCAUCCGCACCACUCGAUGCUGUACCCGCUGUCGCACGAGUUCCGCAAGACGAUCGCGGCACGGCACGCGAACCUGUGCCUGGAGAAGAUUAACGUGCUGCACAAGCCGCCGUACAAGUUUGGCCGCGAGCUGAGCGGCCGGUUGCGCAUCGGGUACGUGAGCAGCGAUUUCGGCAACCAUCCGACGUCCCAUCUGAUGCAGUCCAUUCCCGGUCUGCACGACCGCAACCGGGUGGAGAUCUUCUGCUACGCGCUCAGCCCCGACGAUGGUACAACAUUCCGUGGCAAGAUAAGCCGUGAGGCGGAGCACUUUAUCGAUCUGUCGCAGACGCCCUGCAACGGGAAGGCGGCCGAUCGCAUCCAUGCCGACGGCAUACACAUCCUGGUGAACAUGAACGGCUACACGAAGGGAGCGCGCAACGAAAUCUUUGCCCUGCGCCCCGCACCGGUACAGGUGAUGUGGCUCGGCUAUCCGGGCACUAGCGGCGCCUCGUUCAUGGAUUACAUCGUUACGGAUGCGGUCACAUCGCCACUGUCGCUAGAGUCACAGUACAGCGAGAAGCUGGCGUACAUGCCGCACACCUACUUCAUCGGUGACCAUCGGCAGAUGUUCCCGCACCUGAAGGAGCGGGUGAUCGUGAGCAACAAAGCGAACAACUCGCUCGCUGACAACGUGGCCGUAAUCAAUGCGACCGAUCUUUCCCCGCUGGUCGAAAGCACCGACGUGAAGACGGUGCGGGAGGUCGUGCUCGCGAACAAGCCUGUCGAGAUCCAGCACAAGGUGGCCGAGCUGCCGACGACUACGCCGAUCGAGACGAUGAUCGCCUCCGGCCAGGUGCAAACCUCGCUGAACGGUGUGGUGGUACAGAACGGGCUAGCGACGACCCAGACGAACAACAAAGCGGCCACCGGGGAGGAAGUGCCGCAGAACAUUGUCGUCACGACGAGGCAGCAGUACGGCCUGCCGGACGACGCGAUCGUGUACUGCAACUUCAACCAGCUGUACAAGAUCGAUCCACUGACGCUGCAGUCCUGGGUGACGAUUUUGAAGCACGUGCCCAACUCGGUGCUGUGGCUGCUUCGCUUCCCGGCCGUCGGUGAGGCCAACAUUCAGGCCACCGCCCAGCAGAUGGGCAUCGCUGCCGGGCGCAUCAUCUUCUCGAACGUGGCCGCCAAGGAGGAGCACGUGCGACGGGGUCAGCUGGCGGACGUCUGCUUGGAUACGCCGCUCUGCAACGGACACACCACCUCGAUGGAUGUGCUCUGGACCGGAACGCCGGUCGUAACGCUGCCGGCAGAAACGCUAGCGUCCAGAGUUGCCGCAUCGCAGCUGGCAACGCUGGGCUGCCCGGAACUGAUCGCCAAAUCGCGGCAAGAGUAUCAGGACAUCGCGAUCAAACUCGGUACCGACCGGGAGUACCUAAAGGCGAUGCGUGCCAAGGUGUGGGUAGCCCGCUGCGAAAGUCCGCUGUUCGACUGCAAGCAGUACGCGCAGGGACUGGAAAUGCUGUUCUACAAGAUGUGGGAACGGUUUGCGCGCGGCGAACGACCCGAUCACAUUUCCGCGAAGGACAAGUAGAUUCGCUGGCGUAGUAGUGGUGUAGGGGAAGUCCUUCACUUGGGUGAACUAUGAGGAUUUCCUCUUCCAUCUUGGAGCGUAAUUUUGAAGCAUUUUCACUCUCUUCGAUGUGAAAGAUUGAAAGCAGACAGAGUUGUGGUGUAUUUCAGUUUGAGAAUGAGUGUUAGAAGCUAGCUGGAAUGGAUUUUGUUGUUUAUUUUUUAAGAUUUUCUUACUUUAGGGAUGGGUGGGUGUGUGGGAGCUGCUGCUAUGACAGGCUUUAUUUUCCUUUUUUCUAAUUUUCCAACAUAUAUCGGUAUGAUUGAUUUUCUGAACACGGGAUACAUAAUGGCAACAUAUUUUAUUAGGAUGACAGGAAGGAAGGAACAAGAAGAGCAACAAUAAUAUUAAACUUUCCAAAAUGAUUCAAACACAUGCGCGUACGCACGCCAGGAUUGUCGAAGCUCUGUUACUUAAAUUGUAGAGAGAAAGGUAGCACGAUUUACUUAUUUUUCAUACGUUUGGUGUUACCACCCAAUCGACAGGUGUUAAUUUCGUGCAGCAAGCAAGCAUUGUACAUAGCAAAAUGACAAAGUUUUGAGAUAAUCUAAUUAGUAGCGCGCUGUUUUGAUUCCCUACGCGGUUUUACACAUACGCAACACAGUUUUUGCUGAUAUGUCCUAGGAGAUGGUUCGCACCCUCGGAGCGGCAUAUCCGGUAGCGCUAACGUUUUCCUCCAACACGAAGAGGACCCAUCAGUUUUCAUCCAUAUUUACCCUAGGUCCUCUUCGAAAGUUGUACAUAAUUGCAGCUGUCGGCACCGCACAGACGGGCCGGUAGCAAUUAGAUGUAAUUUUUACGCGUAAGAAACAGUCGAAUUAUAUUCUAUCGACUCAUCUGCGAUCUACUAGAUAAGAAUUUUGAAAUGAAUGUUACAAUUAAAGCAAAAAAAAUGGUUUACAAUUACUUUAAACAGAAGAAA